UUCAUCUAAUCCUAUUCAGAAUGCUUAUUAUCAAGUUAUUUAAUUCGAAAACUUAAUACACUAGAAUUACAAAGUCAAUUUUAAAUAUUUCACAAAAUAAUGUUACAAAGAUUUCUAUUGACUAUAGCUAAACUUUUCUUGACACUUUCUUAUCCUAUUCCAGCUGAUUCACAAGAGGAUUUAGUACAACCAGAUGAAACACAUUUAGAGGGUGUUCCAAUCUUUAUUCAGCAUCCUAAACCACUAUAUUAUACAACGAAAAAUAAACCAGCUACAAUUGAAUGUGUCGCUGAACCAGUUUCACAUGCCGCUAUCAAAUGUGCUGAACAAACAAUACCAUACAAAGGUCCCGGUGAGUCCGGAAUAUUGGAGAUUCAAAGGUUGAACUCAGAUAAUUUACCAGAUCCAGAUGGUAAACGUUGGAAAUUACGCUUGGAAGUCAGAGCUAAAGAUGUGGAGGAAUGGUUCGACACAUAUGUUUGUCAUUGUGAAGCGUGGAACAAAGUAGUUAAAUUACAAAGACCAAAAAAAGUUAUCAGCAACACGACAGAAAUUAAAGAAGCAUAUUUAGAUGAAAAAUUCCAACUGGAACCGGUUUCUACAGAUUUAGCUGUCAGUAAACGUCUUGUGCUAACGUGCCUACCACCUGAAGGAGAUCCUAAUCCUGAAGUUUAUUGGUUAAAAGAUGGGAAGCGUGUUGAUACUAAAUCGUUUCCACAUAUUGUAAUUAAUGACUAUAAUCACUUGAUCAUAGAAAAUACAACAACUGCAGAUAGUGGAAAUUAUACAUGUGUAGCAGCCUGUCUUAAUGGUGAGAAAAGACGUGCAGUUGCUCGAGUCAAUAUUUUCCCCUACAAUUCUGCCAUGAAUCGACCGGUAGGUGGUGAUUUGACUAACUGGGGUGAGUGGGGAACAUGCUAUAAAGUCAUAGCAGAAGGAAGCAAUGCUCGAACAGUUUGUCAACAAACCCGCCAUCGUAUAUGUGCCAAUCAAAUAACAUCAAAAAAUGAAUUUAAAUCAACUGAUAUGAGUAAUCUAAUAACAGAUCAGUGUCCUUUGCCUUUAUUCCAGACAAGAAAUUGCUCUUCCAUUCAGUGUAUCAAUUCCAUGAAUAACGUCGUUCUCAAGGGAAUUCACCUUUCAGAUAUAAAAUCACCAACUGCUACAUUAAAAAUAUCAAGUUCACAAAUGUUUAAAACUGGAGAAAUCGCAAUUUAUGUUGGUUUAUUUUUGUCCUUAGCCGUGCUUUUAGCGGUUAUUGCUCUAAUAACUAGGCGAAAAAGUUUGAAAUUUUCUACUGCUCGGGCGAUUCGUUAUUCUGCUUGUCUUCAUAGUAAACGUUCAUGUCGACAAGAGAUAGCUAAUAAAAAAGCCCAAGACCUGCUAUUACCUGGUGACAUGUCACAAACUAUGAUUACAAUAAUGAAUCCAAGUGUGGCCGAUACACAUAAUCAGGAAAUGAACAGAAUGAAACCAAGUUAUAAUAGUAACAAUAUAAAUAGUAAAACGUUCGGAGUAAAUGUAAUAAACGGUGCAAUUAAUGGUGUACUAUUUCAACACCAAUUCAACACUACUCCAAUCAACAAUAUUCCUCUAAGUACAGCUGGACAGAGUUUGGUCUUUUCCAAUGGAACAUCUUUGGGGACAGCGACGUCAAUUUUAGCAAACUUACCACCACCACCUGCUCCGCCACCUCCUCCUCCGACUCCGCCACCACCACUACCUCUAUCCUUACCACCGAUUCCAACUACAUCAAUCAAUUUCGAUAGUAGUCACGGAGCAUCAGAUAUUUCCGGUUAUACUGGAUUUCCGAGUACCUUGCCAAGCACACAACAUUUCAUGAAUCUGGCAUCUUGUCAAAUAAAUGGAUAUUUGACCUCUGACCCAUAUUUACAAACAAAUAUCGAGUUUAAUAACCAAGUGGUGAAUUCAGGAACUGAACCUACAUAUGUUGAAUCGGAAGUUGGGUUAUCCAGAAUAGGUUGUGGACCACACUUCUCAACACCUUUAGCUGUUAGCAAUUUAGGUGGUCCAAUCGAGAGUUCUUCUGGUCCUUCUACAGCAAACACAGGUACAACUGUUACUGCAAUUGGAUCUUGUAAUGGAGGAAGCAGUAAUGGAUCAGUAGGAUUGCCUUUAAAUAGAUGUCUAACAAAUAAAAGUCCUAAUAACUAUAACAUGAAUUUUUUAAACGUGGAAAUUGAUGAGUGCAACGAGAAAUGUGAACCAGAAUCUGGGCUAUACCAUGAAUUAUCUUUAGACGCUGUUUCAUCUGAUCGAUCAAUUCUAUGUGAAUUUAAUGAUCCUCUAGAAUUGGAUACGACUAUUCGUAAAACUAUAUCAUGCGAUGGUGACCAACUAGCUUUACCACGAUCAGGUAUUUUCUUGACCAUACCACAAGGUGCGCUACAAUCGAAUUCACUCGUUGAAGUUUAUCUGGCAGUAUGUAGAGAAGAUAAACAUCGUCCUAAAUUAGGUGAUCAUCAAACGUUACUAAGUCCCGUUAUUCAAUUCGGACCAGUGGGCUUAAAUCUGUUAAAACCUGUACUCUUAUCGUUUCCUCAUUGUGCUGAAUUAAAUCAAAGUAAUUGGUUAAUACGAGUCUUGGCAUUAGGACCGAAUUUGAAUCGUUCACCUAACAAUCUGAAUACAUCAAAUAUAAACGGAUAUAAAUCCAACUACAGUGCAUUACAUACAAAUUUUGAUAAUUUUAUAUGGCAGGAAGUGGGAAUAAUUGGUUAUGAAUCAAAUGUUACUAAAUUCAUUUGUCACCUUGACUCAAAUAUGGCACAUCUGAUGACUGAUGUUGCACGGCGUUAUUGUCUAGUUGGUGAAACACAGAAACUUCUGGGCGGUAAUCGUUUAAUAUCAAACCAUAAAAAUUUAAAUCAUACAGAAUUCCAAAAUUUUCCCAAUGGCAUAAAUACGAAUGGCUUGCAAAAUAUAAAUAUCACAAACUUUACUAAUAACAAUAACACUGUGACAGAUAGUACACAGGAUAGUGGAUUAUUAUCUGACAUUCAGCCUGCAACAAAAAUUUUGAAAUUAGCUGCAUUUUCCGGACCACUAACACCGACAAUUGACUAUAAUAUAAGAGUUUAUGUGCUAACAGAUACUAAAGAUGCAUUGGAACAUGUUUUAUACGUCGAGAAACGAUUAGAAGGAAGACUGUUAGAUGAUCCAAAGUCAUUAUUAUUCAAAGACAAUGGUGGAGGGUUGUGUUUUUACAUUGAAGAUAUUUCUCCUGGAUGGAGAAGCCGAUUACAAACUAAAUCACAGGAAAUACCAUUCCGGCAUAUCUGGAAUGGUACACAAAUGUCUACGCUGCAUUGUGCAUUUUCACUUGAACAUUUGGAUUCACGACAGCUAAAUGUGUCGUGCAAAAUUAAAGUUUAUCAAGAGAAUUCCCAAUUACAAGAGCAAAUUUUAAAAAUUUCAAACCAAAGAUUUGAGGUAAAUGUGAUAAUUUUUCUGAUUUUCAGAAACGUCCAUGUUUUAAAUUUGUUCAAUAUAAGUAUGCAUAUGAUACUGUUCACAAACUACAGGAAUUUGUGGUACUAUAGGACUUUAUAUGGUAAAAUUCAGCUGCAAAAAAUCAGUUUACUUUAAAUGUAAAGUAAAUCAAUAAAAGAUAUCUUCAUUUCAGACGGAAAAAUCAAAUAGCAUUGUUACCUUUAUACAUAAUAAUGAAUAUAAUGACAAAAUGAAGAAUUGUGGUCUUAAUGUUAAGAGAAUACUCUCUUUUUCGUUGAAGAGUUCUGUGAGCUAAUUGCUUGUUUGAAAUUUUCUACACUCUUAUUUGCUUGGUAAAAUAAAUAAUUCAAAAUAUUUUUUGUAUUUGUCGUUUUAUCUUUGUCAAGAUAACCACCUUGGGAAUAUAAAGACCCUCACAUAAAGUUACUGCUAAACACUAAAUAUUAUCGAAUAAGUAUUUCUUUCCCUAAGGGCCUCAUCAUAUGGACACUACUAAAUAUUAAUUUUGCCAGAUCCAAUUCUAUUUGCGUAUUAAUGAACUGUGGUUGUUGCAUUUAUUUAAUUAGAUUUUGUUUCAUUCCAAAGCAGACUUAUACCCAAUAUGAUUUUUUGUGCGACAAGUUUAAAGACAUACACGUUUUGGGGAUUUUUCAACCGGGAAUGAGUGAUGUAUCGUUCAGAUGUUUUAACUAAAUCUACGUAAAUGUUUUUACGUUGGAAGCAUUAUGAUGCCAAGUUAAGACAGAAAACAUACCCAGAAUAAAUAUUAUAAUAUUUGAGAAGAACAUACAAAUUGUCUGUUAACUGUACACUACCGAACAUUUGACCUGAAUAAAUCCUUACAGAUUUUACUACUAACUUUCUUGAACAAAGAAUAACUUUAAACCAUUCAAAUUUUUCCCAGCUGAAAACCGAACAUUCAAGAACAAGAUUCUUCAGUUCCGAAGACCGUAGUUCAGAUAUUCGCUGUUUCCCUAGUUCGUAUCGGUAAGUUAAAUGAAAGCAGCUUGCUUUAUUUAAACUCAUUGUUAUCAAUUUUGAAAAUAUCUUGUUCAUCAAAAUUUACGUCAUAACAUAGUUUCGCAUUUUACUUUGAGUAUUAUUUUAUGUAAAUUCAUAUUUAUUCUAGUUGAUUUCAAAGUUUGAAAAUAUUUCCUCUAUAAGAAACUAGAUAAAAGCUAUUUUUACACAUUUUCUUACAUAUCUUCAUCCGAUUAUCCGAAUAGUAUUCGUUUAGCUUGACAGUGGAAUUAUAAUCGGAAAUACUCUAACUAGAAACUCACAGAGAUGACCAAUUUGAGUUAGAUAGAACUCGAUGAGCACAACUAAAUAAAUUGUACUUGAAAUUCGUAAUAGGGGAAGAAUAAUAUACCAAGGAAUUGAUUAGCAUGAACAAUAGAAUUUACCCUUUUUUAAAUGAAAAUAUCAGAACACUUGUUUUUUUUCGGCACUCCAAAAGUUUAACGGUCAUUCUUCCCAAAAUGUAUAAGUGCACAAUACAAAAAACAUACCUAGUUUAAAACAAACAUAUCAAUUGACUACUGAAUAUUGUAAAAGUUUAAUAUUGUGUUGAAAUACCGACUUUUAUAUCAAAUACAAUUUUGUUUAGAACGAAAGAAGUGACUGAAUCAAAGUGUUACAAAGAAAAUGGAUACCACUUUAGAAACUAUUUUCAGCUGAGCAAUUUGAUUUACCUGAAAGUCAUUAGAAGCAAAUAGUGAUGUAAUAGACUGAAUAUAAAGUGUAUGGUAGUCCAGUUAGUUGAUUGAGUUUUAUCAAACCUACAAAUGAUGAUUACUCUAGGGAUUAGUUCAUAAUAACGAAUGAAUUUUUUCCAAAGUUUUUUAUAUUGAUUAGUAUGGCAGCAAUAGUUUUAGUAAUUAAAUUACGUUUAAAUAAAUUGCUUACGAAAUUAUAUUACUUGUUUACUAAUAUCUCUGAAAUUCUCUUAGUAUACACUGAAUAUUUAGUGUGAAUGAGUGUAAAACAAACAAACAACUAAACUGUAAAUUUAAAGACUGAAUAAAUUAAUCUACUAUGUAAUAAUAAGCGAAAACUGAGAUGUCCGAAAAUGUCCAUACCGCUCUAUUUAUUACUUCAAUUUCAUUUCUAAUUUACACUUGAAGAAUGCCAGAAAUAUCUGUAACUGUGUUCAUGUGAGGCUUAUUUGUUUAUGUAUCUUUUUAGUUACUCACUUAACAAAAUAUCAUAUUUGACUUGAUAUUCAAAAUUCAAUUUUUGGUAAUAUAGUAUGUCAAAGAGGAUGAAUACGCAUGAGAAUUUAUCUUAACAUAAGAAACAACAUGCGAUGUAUGGAAUCAACGUUUUGAUAUUUUUGUUAUAUAUCACAUUUAUUACACCUAAAUUAAAAUGUUGACUGAUUUUGAGGGAGGUUUCUUGUGAAGUAGAGUCGUCGGAAUUGACUAGAUGCUCCAAGGUUGAGAUUUUGACUGAUUUAUGUAAUUCAUUUGGAGAGCCAGAAAGGGUAAUGUUUGGAUGAUGAUUGUUUAUGGAAUAGCUUGAUGAGAUUUACAAUUCUCUGCAGUAAAGAAUCGGGUCUAUUUACCAUCUGUAUUUGGCACCUAUUACGACAAUAAAAGCGAAUAAAUGGAAAUUCCGUAACCGAGCAAAUUUUAAACCUAAUCAAAAUUUACCGUGAAAUCAUCAAAAACAUAACUUUUCACUCAAAUCCAAUAAACAGGAAAAACAACUCUUUUAACUGCAACUGCUUGAACAAAGCGCUACUGACUUUGUUUGAAUCAAAAGGACGCAACAGUGACGAACCAUCAAAACAUAAGGUGAACUAGUUGUCAUAUUAAAAUCGUAGAAUAAACAAAUCAUGUAUAUAUAUAUAUACAUAUAUACUUUGCACAAUAAUAUCUUCAGUUUUAAACUGAAUUAUAAAGCAUAAAAUUUCUAAGACAAGCAACGUCAACUCAAAAAUAAUGCAUAAAUUAUUAAAACUGUAGAUAAAAGCAGGCAGUAUGAUGUGUAAAAAUAUACUCGUCUUAAGUAUUUUGAAUAUCCUUUUCUAACUACGAAGCCGGUGAUGAGAUGAUCAGGUGUUUUAAAAAAAAAAUGUUUUUAUUUACUUUCAAAUACUAUUUCGUCGAUAAAGUCGAACAAUGCAGAAAAAAGCAGAUAACAACCGUUUACGAUCAGUGGUUAUUAGGUUAAUAUCCCAUGAAUGUGUUCAUGUUGUCUCAUUAUCCGUUUAAAUGAAUUGUGUAGUCCUGUGAAAGAAAUCAGAAAACAGUAUGGUAAAUGUGUUAGUAGUCAACAAAGAAAUCACACUACCCUAUACAGUCAAUUAUAAAAUUUGGUAAUUAAUGAUAUAAAGAUAUUAGACUGACAGAGUAGUGGAAUGCUAACCAUGCUAUCUUUCCGUUUGUAAAUAUCAGGUUUAAAGCGUUUGAGUAUGUGAGCCACCGUAAAGGGAUUUAAGAUCAAUGAUCUUUAUUUGUUUAUCUCAAUGAAAUAUUGAAAUUUACCUAAAUGAUCUCCAGUCUCCAUUAGACUUUUGGUUUCUCGUAACAUGCACCUAAAACCAAAUAAAUGUUAUUCCACCAAUCUUUCCUGUAUACUUGUUUUCAAAAGUUGGUAAACAUUGUUCCAGUGGACAUAAGCAGAGAAAGUAUCUAAAGUACGUCGGAUUAGUGAGCAUAUAGCAUUGUAAAUUGAGACACAUCUAGUUGUGUACUUCCUGUAGUGACUACUCAAAG